AUGAAUAAGAGAAACAAACAACAAGAAGUGUCUUUAGUUACUUUUGCAAGGCUUCAAACCAUGGGUUUGGUAGAGAGAAGUUUGGCUUGGUUCAUGGUGAUGGCAAUUGUGCAGGUUUCAUAUGCAGCUGUAUACAAGGUUGGGGACUCAGCUGGUUGGACUACCCUCGGCAAAAUAGACUACAAGAAGUGGGCUGCUACCAAGAACUUCCAAAUUGGUGACACUAUCAUAUUUGAAUACAAUGACAAAUUCCACAAUGUGAUGCGAGUGACGCAUGCGAUGUACAAGUCAUGCAAUGCAUCAUCCCCUAUUGCAACCUUUACCACUGGGAAUGACACCAUCAACAUAACCAAUCAUGGCCACCACUUCUUCUUCUGCGGCGUCCCUGGCCACUGCGAAGCAGGACAGAAGGUUGAUAUAAACGUGCUGAAGGUUUCUGCUGAUGCACCUACUCCAUCAGCUUUGGCCUCCCCAACAGUGCAAGCAUCCAAUGUACCUGCACCUUCUCCUAGCAAUGCUGCCCCAUUGAUUGCUCUAAAGGGAGCUUUUGCUAUGAUGAGUUUGGCAAUGGCAAUAAUCCUAUUACUUACUUUUUCUAGCUAUGUUUAA